AGGUUGAAUUAAUUAAAAAUACAAGGUGAGUGUUAGAUAUAUAGCUAUAACUCUAAAUUUAUUUGAGCUAAUUAUUUAUUUAAAAUAUAUCACAUAAAUGUCAACUGUUCCUUUCUCUCACUAAUAAAUAAAAAUGGUACAUUCAUGUGUUUUUAUAACUUCUAGAGAGAGAGAGUCAAAAGUGAGCUGUUUUUUUUCUCUCUUUAGGUACACACAUUUAGGCCACCGAAAAUACACAUAAAUUUAGAGUUUGACUACCCAUUUUAAGUUAGUAAUAUUUUCUCCGUUUUAAUUUAUUUGUUCGCUAUAUUAAAAAUUAAUAUUUUAUUUUAUUACAUGAAUUUGUAAUUGAAGAUAAAUUUAGAGUUUGGCUACACCUUUGAUUAAAGUUUUUUUCAGGUAUGUGUUAAUUUAACAUAGGCCACCUAAAUAAUUUAUCUUUUUAAUUGUUCUAUUCGUUAUUUUUUAUUUGUUCGCUAUACUAAGCAAUACACUUUCACUUAUUAGCAUAUAAUAUUAUAUUCUUACCAUUAAAAUAGUUAUUUUUCCAAACUUAAGACUAAGCAUCAAUUAACAUAUUUUCGUCGAGGAUAGGUAAAGUCUAAACUGGAAAAAUAAAAAAUAAACGGAUCGAGUAUUUAAAUCGUAUAAUUAAUUAAUACCCUUUGAAAAGUCUUCUCCUAUUGCCUAUUGGCGUGUUUUGACUUUGAAAAACUCAAAUCUCCAACUCAUAUAUAACCCACAACCAAAUCCUCUAAUUUUUCAAACCAAAUUCACUACUCAUCUAAAGUCUCAACAAAUCAAAGAUUCCUCUAAUUUUUUUUGUCAUAUUUGCAAAAUUUCUUAUAAGAUUGAUCUCCUUCUAUGAUUAAUCUUGAAAUUUUCCAAAAUAUACAAAUGGAAGAAAUUCAAAUACCUCCUUAUUUUAUUUGUCCGAUUUCAUUGGAAAUGAUGAAAGAUCCUGUCACGAUCUCAACUGGGAUAACAUAUGAUCGGGAAAACAUCGAGAAAUGGAUAUUCUCUGCAAAGAACAACACUUGUCCGGCUACGAAACAAUCUCUUACAUGCAUAGAGUUGACCCCAAAUGUUACUCUUCGACGAUUUAUCCAAUCGUGGUGUACUCUCAAUGAGUCACAUGGUAUUGAAAGGUUCCCUACACCAAAACCUCCGAUUAGCAAACCACAAAUAAUAAAGCUCCUAAAAGAAGCGAAAUCGCCUAAAUUGCAAAUGAAAUCUCUCAAGAGACUUAGAUCCAUAGCUUCUGAGAAUGAUGCUAACAAACGUUGCAUGGAAUCCGCUGGGGCAAUGGAGUUCUUAGCUUCUAUUAUUAAUAAUAAUUCGAAUGAAGUGUUUGAAGAAGAAAAGGGUUUCAUGAGUACUAAAGACGAAGCACUUAGCAUCCUCUAUCAACUCAAAUUAUCUGAAAAUGGAUUGAAGUCACUCAUCAUGAGUGGAAAUGGAGGAUUUAUUGAGUCAUUGACACGUGUCAUGCAACAUGGGAGCUAUGAAUCUAGGGCUUACGCAGUUAUGCUAAUGAAAGACAUGUUCGAAGUAUCCACACCAACUCCACUUUUGAGUUUGAAGCAAGAAUUCUUCACACAAGUUGUUCAAGUCUUGAGGGAUGAGAUCUCUCAAAAGGCUAAAAAUGCAUCAUUGCAAGUGCUAGUGCACGCGUGUCCAUUUGGGAGGAACAGAGUGAAAGCAGCAGAAGCAGGAGCUAUUAGGGUUUUGGUUGAUCUUCUGCUCGAUUCAUCUGAGAAAAGGGUUUGUGAAUUGAUGUUAAUUUUACUAGAUCAACUUUGCCACAGCGCAGAAGGGAGAGCUGAGCUAUUGAAUCACCCCGGAGGAUUAGCCAUUGUGUCCAAGAAAAUACUUAGGGUUUCUAAAGUAGGGAGUGAAAGGGCAAUCAAGAUCUUACAUUCAAUCUCAAAGUUUUCAUCAACACCAAGUGUUGUUCAAGAGAUGUUGAGUUUGGGUGUGGUAGCAAAGCUUUGUUUGGUUCUUCAAGUUGAUUGUGGAAGUAAAGCUAAGGAAAGAGCUAGAGAAAUUCUCAAAAUUCAUGCAAAGGCAUGGAGGAAUUCUCCUUGUAUACCUAAUAAUUUGUUAUCUUCAUAUCCAUUUUAGGAAUUAGGAUGAAAAAGAGCAAAAAUUGUUUUAGGUAGAAAUAGAACAAAGGAAAAAGAACAAAAGUAGUGGAUUUAUUUAAUUGUACAUAAUUUAUAAUUUUUGAAAAAAUAGAGAAAAAAAUGGACAAAAUUGUCCAUGAAUUUAAUUGUUCAUACA